AACCAUACGGGAGCCCUGAAGCGGGUCUACUCGGAAGUAAACCCCUCUUCGUUCAAGGGAAGCGUGGCGAGGCUUGCCCGGGAAAUCUCUUCCGCCUCCUCCGCCUGUGCCCGCCUUCGCCUCCCGCGGACAGCCUCGCCCAGCAGAUGGCGGCUGCUCGGCAGGAAAGCACGGGCCUCCCUCCGGCUCCCGCGUGGCGCAGGCCUGCGUCGCUUGUCCAACCCGUUCGGUGGAGGGUUGCCGGCCGCGCGGCCUUCCCGAAGGUGGAAAUCGCACAGGUGAAGCUGCUGCUCCUCACAGACAAGAGUCAGUUACAAAGAAGGCAAAAUUAGACAGGAGUCCGGUGGCACCUUGUGCCAGAUUGGUUUGUCUUCCUUGAAGAAGCUGCCUGGGCUGGAAGCAUGCCCUCUCUGCAGCUGGAUCGGAACCCAAGGCAGCACUGGCAGAAGGUGCUCUACAAGAAGCAGUCGUUUCCCGAUAACUACGUGGACCAGAGCUUCCUGGAGAAGCUGCGCAAGAACAUCCACGCGCGCAAGUACCAGUACAAGGCUGUAGUGUUUGAGUCCGGAGUGAUGAUCCAGCAGCUGUGCAGCGUUUGCGUCUUUGUCGUCAUCUGGUGGUACAUGGAUGUAGGGCUGCUGGCUCCUCAGUGGUUAUUUGGGGCUGGGCUGGCCUCCUCCCUCGUGGGCUACGUCGUCUUCGAUGCCAUCGACUCGGGAGCAGGGAGGAGCGAGAGCGGGCGGACUCGAUGGGCGGAUCUGAAGAGCUCCAUCGUCUUUGUGGCCUUCACCUACGGCUUCUCCCCAGUGUUGAAGACUUUGACGGAGUCCAUCAGCACCGACACCAUUUACGCCAUGUCUGCCUUCAUGCUCCUUGGACACCUGAUCUUUUUCGACUACGGGGCCAACGCUGCCAUUGUGUCCAGCACCCUCUCGCUCAACAUGGCCAUCUUCGCCUCUGUCUGUUUGGCCUCCCGGCUGCCCCGGUCCCUGCACGCCUUCGUCAUGGUGACCUUUGCUAUCCAGAUCUUUGCCCUCUGGCCCAUGUUGCAGAAGAAACUCAAAGCCCAGACCCCGCACUGCUAUGUGGUCCUCACUUUGCUCUUCGCCACGUUUGCUCUGCUGGGUCUGCUGACCAUCUCCAGCGUUGGCGCGGUCCUCUUCGCCCUCCUGCUGGUCUCCAUUUCAUGCCUGUGCCCUUAUUGCCUCAUCAGGCUGCAGCUCUUCAAAAACAAUAUCCACGGCCCUUGGGAUGAAGCGGAAAUCAAAGAAGAUCUCUCCAGGUUCCUCAUGUAGGCCCAUGGAGGAGGUGGUUGCUUCCACGGCUGGUCCCAACCUAGAAACAUUUGUUCAGUGGAGAAGGGGGAUCCCAGCUUGACACUAUCUCAAUGCCUCUACUCUUGAAUGACAUGUUUUCCUAAAUACUUUGGCUGCUGUUUGGAUAGUGCCACUUAAGACAGCUGCCUUGGUAUGAACGGGUAGUGACUGUAAUGUGGUUAAAGACAAAUACUGGGACAUGGAAAAUGUUUACUGGGGAUCCCUGCAUGGUGGGAUGUGCUCUUGUUGAAAAGGGCAGGCUAAACAUCCUUCUAACAUACUAGAUGGAGGAAUCCAAGGGGUCGUUGUGGAUUUGGGACAAUACAGGGUCGGUUUCUACUUUGUCAAAGGCUUUCAUGGCCAGACUCAACUGGUUUUUGUGGGCUUUCCGGGCUGUGUGGCCGUGGUCUGGUAGAUCUUGUUCCUAACUUUUC